AUAGCAUAUCAUGGAACAUUCAGAUCUAGAAGUUAGUCUGACAUCUGGACUUACCAUGAGUCCAGCCGUGCAAAAGGCUAUGAAUGAGUCAGAGUAUAUCAAGAACCAGGAUGCUCACUCUAGUGAGUUCGGGUUCAUGAUGUCUGAGGAGACUCUUACCAGUUCCAAUAUCCAUGGCAAAAAUCUAAAGGCAAAAAUCGAAGAAUACUUGGAAAGUAAGAACCUAACCAGGGAUGAGCUUAAGAUUUUGCUUAAACAAGGUGCUGCGGAUAAUCAACUUUUUAUGAUUAAGGAGAGUACCUAUGAAAAAUUGGUGGACGCUCUUGGGAUUACUCUUAGCAGGCCUCAUUAUGGGGCUAAUCUCGCUAAAUCUGCUCCUAGUAUCAACAUGAAGAAGAGCUUCAAACAAGACAAAAUUCAACAAUUAUCAACAGAGUUAAAUGGUGAGCCUCUUGAGCUUAUGAGCAUGAGGAGACUAAUUAAAGAAAAAUAGCAAUAUAUUUGCCAAAGAGAUGAAGAUGAAGCAAACAAUGGUAUAUCCUAUUUAUAACGAUUUGAGCAAAAGUGGAGUCCAUCAUGUUAUACAAAACAAGAACGAGGCUAGUAAGAGGAUACAACAAAUUUCUCGACAAAGGUUAAUGUCUAAGCAACUCUCCUCAGAAGUUGAUAUAGAUGGAUCUCCUCAUAAAGUUAAUAGCCAAGGGCUAAAGAUAUGUCUUUGUUAUACCUUCUUGUUCUUAAUAUCCAUCGUGCUGUUUGGAGGAUGGGGUCUUCUCUCCUUCUUUAUCACAAAACAAAGGCUUUUUGCAAUAUUUGGAUAUCAACUUUUAAUAGCUGGAGGAGGAGGCUUUGCCAUUAUGAUACUCUCCGCACUACUUCUUUGAUUCAUUAGUCAUGACAUGGCAACUAUCUGUAAACCUGCAUGUGGGAGGAGAUGCUUGAACUUGUUUGAUUUUAGGAUAUCUUUUCACAAAACUUGAGGCUAUUUAAUACUAUUCUAUUCUCUUCUGCAUUCAGCGAUUCAUCUCUUUUUACUAGAGGACAAGAUGGCAGACCCAGAUUACUUUGAGGAGAAUAGAAGGUAUCUACACCAUUGGAAUUUUGAUGAGCCUCCAACAGUAUGGGAUUUGACAUUUAAAACAGUUCCAGGGAUUACAGGGAUAAUCUUGCUUAUCACAAUUAUCCUCAUCUUUUUGACAUCCUUAAAAUGAGUCAGAGAGACGUCUUAUCAAACGUUCUCUUACGCCCACACAUUUCUGUUCCCAAUAUUUUUCUUUGGAAUGAUAGCACAUGGGACUGCCAGAUGGCUAAAUUUUGGGUUCCCGACAGCUAUAAUCCCUCUGACAAUCCCUCUUAUUAUUUACUUCACAAUGGUAGCCAGAAGGCUGAUGAAUUCAUGCAGGAAAUCUUGGAAGAUAAAGGACUUUAAGAUUUCAAACGAUCGUAGCUUUAUGUACUUAAGCCUAGAGGUACCUAAAGACUAUAGUUGGAAGCCUGGGCAAUAUGUUAACAUUAACAUCCCCUCCGUGAGUCCUCUGCAGUGGCACCCAUUUACUAUCGUAUCUGCCCCUAAUGACAAUCAUCUUGAUUUAAUAAUUAAGCGAAGAGGCGAUUGGACAGCCAGAGUUAUAUAUACUUUUGCUGAGUUAAAAAAGAAAGGGCUUUGUGAGAAGAUAGGGCAUUUUACAGAUUGACAUUACGAGAAAGAGUUCAUUGAUUACCUCUUUGAAAUGAAUAUUGGAGAGAAUCAUGGAGACAUCAAGAUACAUUUAACAAAACCUAUCUCGGCAAUGCCUGAUACAAUUCCUUUAAGAAAGAACCUGAUUCUUGUUGGAUCAGAAAUUGGGAUAUCUUCCAUCCUUGCUUUCUUGGAUGAGCAGUUGAUCACAGAAAGAAGAGCUGGAGAUCCCUCUAAUACAGAAGAUUUUAAAAACAAGAACAAUAAGACUUCCAAUAUUGAAAAGAUUCAUUUAGUGCUUGUGAGUAAGGAUUCAGACCAACUCUCUUGGUUGUCUCCUUAUAUUGACCGCAUACUGAGUAAUGAAUACUUGUCUGAAAAAGUUGAGCUACAUCUUUACUGUACAUCUAUUAUGUACCGCUCGUUUACUUCCUUUGUGUUCUGGAGAUCAUUCUUAUUAAGAGAGAGAAUGAAGGGAAAUUUAACAAGAUCCACCCAGACUGUGAUUGAGGAACAUUCAUCCAAUCUUGACUUCAAUAUCGGGAAACCUGACUUUUUGGAACUGUUUAAAAAAAUCCACUUCAAUGAACCCAAAGACUUCUACGUAUACGCUUCAGGAUCAAAGGAACUAAUAAGCAAGACAGUAGCUGCCUCUGAUUUUGUCAAUAGACGAGGUAAAGGUACUUUCACAUACAGAUACCAAAUAAUUUAG